GGUUCCAUGUGUUCUGGUGACCGAUUGUUGUUUACUACGCGCUUCUCUAGGACACCCCGCAGUAGCCCCGCUUUUCUCGGCUGUCCUCAAGGAGUGAGGUGGUCUGGCGUGGUGUGAUCGGCAGAGGGUGGAGCCGGGCUGUGAUUGGCUGGGACAUGCUGCGCGUGCUGUUGGGAGGCGGUACUCUCUGGUCACUUGGAUGUGCUGCGGGUACCGGUACCGGGAUACGUCAGACGGCGGGGAGAAGCUGGCAGUGCGCACUCGGUUUGAGAAAACUUGCAACAAUGCCUGAAAUAAAUACAGAUUCGCUGGACACGCAGCAGGUGCAGCUGCUCUCGGAGAUGUGCAUCCUUAUUAAUGACGACGACCAGAAAAUUGGCGCGGACACCAAGAAAAACUGCCACUUGAAUGAAAACAUUGACAAAGGUUUGUUGCACAGAGCGUUCAGCGUCUUUUUGUUUAACAGUGAAAAUAAACUGUUACUCCAGCAGAGAUCAGAUGCAAAAAUCACAUUUCCAGAUUGUUUUACAAACACCUGCUGCAGCCAUCCCCUGAAUACACCGGAUGAAACAGAGGAGCGGGACGCCAUAGGAGUGAGGCGAGCAGCACAAAGGCGCAUGAAAGCGGAGCUGGGGAUCCCGCUGGAUCAGAUAACACCAGAUGAGCUGAAGUAUUUAACCAGAAUUCACUAUAAAGCUCAGUCGAAUGGAAUCUGGGGGGAACAUGAAAUAGAUUACAUCUUGUUUGUGCAGAAGGACGUAACGUUGAACCCGGACCCCAACGAAAUCAAGAGCCACUGCUACGUGUCCAAAGAAGAACUCAAGAACUUGUUGGAAAGGGGGACGCGCGGGGAGGUUCAGAUCACCCCGUGGUUCCGGCUCAUUGCAGACACUUUCCUCUAUCAGUGGUGGGAUAAUCUCGACAAUCUCAAACCGUUUGAGAGUCACGACAAGAUUCACAGAAUGUAAGACGGACAAGAGCAAAACUCUGUCCGUUCCUCCUGCGCAGUGAGAUGCUCUAAUGUGGAUUAGGAAAUGAAUUCAACCUUCAUAGUCAUGUUAGUGAAUUCUUAAACUAACAUAAUAGUUGCUGCUUAAGGAAAGAAUUCUAUGUUGAGCAUUAAAAAAUGUGUAAUCAAUGGGAUAAAUAGAAUAUAAUAAUCUUAUUUAUAUUUUUGUGUGGGACUCGUGUGGCACUUCCACCGAGAAGGCAGCGUGAUUAUGAUGAAGCUAAUACAUCAGCAUGAUAAUAGAUCUUCAGCAACGUCCAAUAAAACUUUCCUUCCUAUAUCUUUGCUGGCACUCGCUUGUGGGUUGUGGUUAUUAAUUUACCGCAGUCCUGUUCCUAUACUUAAUUUUAGUUUAAUGAAGCUAACGUAUCUUCUGAAAUCGUGUUUGCUAGUGAGAAAAAAAGAA